AUGGAUCCGCAAGUAGAUAGGCUAGUCAAUAAGAUCUGGGGUACAUUCCAAUCCAUACCCAACAAUGCUCGUUUAAUGGUAGCAGUGAGCGGCAUCCCAGGGUCCGGGAAGACCGAACUGGCCAGCACGAUGGCCAAUCGUAUCAACAAACUCUAUACCGCAGAAAAUCCCGACUCACCACCCAUCGCGACAGUCGUUCCUAUGGAUGGGUACCAUUUUACACGAGCACAGCUGGCCCAGAUGCCCGACCCCGUGUACGCCGUCGCCCGCCGCGGGGCGGCCUUCACAUUUGACGGGGAGAAAUUCCUGACCCUCGUGCGAGCGCUGCGUGAACCGCUGACGGCAGAGACGCCGAGUCUGGCGGCGCUGUUGAUGGAUGAGCUUUGGUUUGUUGAGGUCGAUUUCGAUACGGCCCGGAAGAGGCUCGUUCGGAGACAUGUCAGAGCUGGUAUUGCAAAGGACGAGGCUGAAGCGGAUAAGAGAGUAACGGAGAAUGACUUUGUAAAUGGUAGGGAAAUCAUAGAGGAGCGCAUGGACGUGCAGGAGAUUAUCACGAGUAAUUAUGACCCCGGAUGGGACAGGUGA